UAUCAAUGCGCACCUACCUAUUCGAGCUGUGCUGGGAAGCUAGUGCUACACAAGUCGUCACACGACGGACCCUUGGCUUCAUGUAUAGGUGCUCACUCAAGCAUUGCUGGUAUUGAACACUGAACAGGCAGGGCGCUGAGCGGUUGUUAAUUGUUAUCACUUGUCUGUGCCGGUCGUUCGGUUACCCUCCCCCCGCUAUUACCCAACAUGUUGGAGGCGUUUCUAGUGGCUGCGCCGGCGAAAAAGUCCCUCGACUUGGCUACCAGUCGUACAUGUUAGUCUGUUCGAACGGUCAUUAAUUGAUUUGCCCUCCACGGACAAGUAGUCGGUUGUCAGAUCAUGUUGGCCUCCCGCUGAGAGUUCGGAACGCUCAGACACGACAGCGUCGCGCUAAGCCGCUUUCCAGAUGUAAAAAUACCGUGUGUCGUAGCCCCACGUGGGGUACGGCCGGCGCCGCGCGCGCUGAUUGGUCGAGCGGCGGCGGCCGUCAGCUGUUGCCUGGAAUGCGCACGGAGCGCCAGUCUUGCGAGCGACGCCGUGGUGAGUGGUGCGGUGCGUCGUCGCUCCGUGUGGCGGUGCGCCCCGAGUGCGCGACAGUGAGAGUGCGACUCACAGGUGCUGAGGAACUCGGUGGAUAUGUACGCGACGCCUCGACCUCCGGGAACGGGCGGGCCGCCCCAGCCGCCCAGCCAGCUCAAGUUCACCAUAUCCGACACGUGUGACCGCAUCAAGGAAGAGUUCAACUUUCUGCAGACACAGUACCACGCGCUGAAGCUGGAAUGUGAAAAACUGGCCAAUGAGAAGACGGAAAUGCAGCGGCAUUAUGUCAUGUACUACGAGAUGUCUUAUGGGCUGAACGUCGAGAUGCACAAACAGACGGAGAUCUGUAAGCGGCUGAACGCCAUCCUGGCACAGGUGAUCCCGUUCCUGUCUCAGGACCAUCAGCAGCAGGUGGCCUCGGCAGUGGAGCGGGCCAAACAGGUCACCAUGGCAGAACUCAACCAGAUCAUUGGCCAACAGAUGCACGCGCAGCAGGCGCUGAACCCGCACGCGCCCUCGCUGCCAGUGCCGCCGCACGGCCUGCCGGGGAUGCCGGGCCUGCCGCCCACCAGCCUGGCCUCGGCGGGACUCCUGCAGUCAGCCGUGAGCAGCGCCUCGCUGCCCGGCUUCGCCACACACCCGCUGAUGAAGCCCGAGUUUGUGCGACAUGAGGCCGAGAUGGCCGCCAAGAGGAUGGCGGCGCUGGCACAGGAGGAGGAACGACAGUCUGGCAGCGCGGCUAGGCUGGCUGCCGUCACCGCCGGCUACCGUCCCGCACCAGUGCGGAGAUCCAUGUCCCCUGACGUCAGGGACCGAGAAAAGCCUGUCCGACCGCGGUCCCGUACACCCGACGAGCGGGACGCGGAGGUCAAACGGCGAAAGGAGAACAUCAAGCGUGAGCAUCACGAGUCCGACAACGAAAAGUCCGACCAAGAUCUGGUGGUAGACGUCGCCGGACCUGACGACACCUCGCCACGUCACAACGGGGAGCCUCGCCCCUCGGACCUGCGGAACGGUGCACCGGGCGGCGGCGGCGGCGGCGCGGCCGGUGCUGGAUCCUCCGACGACCGAAAGCCCCCUCCCGGAGGAGAGCGGCCUCCCAGUCAGAGCAGCAGCAGCCGCAGCACGCCCAGCCUCAGCCGCAAAGAGUCGCCCACCACCCCAGUGAGCAAGUCCCUGACGCCCACGUCGGCGCCCAACGGCAGCCUGAAGGCGGCGGCGACCGGUGCCCCGGGCGUCGGCUACCCUCCGUACAUGGCGCCCGGACAGCGACCUGACCUGCCGGCCGGCGCGGCGCCUGGCUUUCCGCCCAUGGCACCCGGCUACCUGCGAGGACCACCGCAGGUCAAUUACGACGCCCACGGACCGGUACGCGCGCCUCCGAUCCCCUCCAAUGGCCACACCGGACCCGGAGGAAAGCCGUCGUACAGUUUCCACGUCGGAGCUGACGGUCAGCUGCAGCCGGUGACAUUCCCCCAGGACGCCCUGCUGGGUCCCGGCAUCCCGCGCCACGCGCGCCAGAUGAACACGCUCAGUCACGGAGAGGUGGUGUGCGCAGUCACCAUCUCCAACCCCACCAAGUUCGUCUACACGGGCGGCAAGGGCUGCGUCAAGGUCUGGGACAUCGGACAGCCCAACGCCAAGACGCCCGUCUCGCAGCUCGAGUGUCUGCAGCGGGAUAACUACAUCCGCUCGGUGAAGUUGCUGCCUGAUGGACGUACUCUGAUUGUCGGUGGUGAGGCCAGCACUCUCAGUAUCUGGGAUCUCAACUCACCCACUCCCCGGAUCAAGGCCGAACUCAACUCCUCGGCUCCGGCAUGCUACGCGCUGGCCAUCUCUCCCGACUCGAAGGUGUGCUUCAGCUGCUGCAGCGACGGCAACAUCGCCGUCUGGGACCUGCACAACCAGCAGCUGGUGCGUCAGUUCCAGGGGCACACGGACGGCGCCUCGUGCAUUGACAUCUCGUCCGACGGCAACAAGCUGUGGACGGGCGGUCUGGACAACACGGUGCGCUCGUGGGACCUGCGCGAAGGUCGCCAGCUGCAGCAGCACGACUUCAGCUCUCAGAUCUUCUCGCUGGGCUUCUGUCCGACCGGCGAGUGGCUGGCCGUCGGCAUGGAGAGCUCCAACGUCGAGGUGCUGCACGUCAACAAGCCCGACAAGUACCAGCUGCACCUGCACGAGAGCUGCGUGCUCUCGCUCAAGUUCGCCCAGUGCGGCAAGUGGUUCGUCUCCACCGGCAAGGACAACCUGCUCAACGCCUGGAGGACACCGUAUGGCACUUCUAUUUUCCAGUCGAAGGAGUCGUCGUCGGUGUUGAGCUGCGACAUUUCCGCCGACGAUAAGUUCAUCGUCACCGGCUCUGGAGACAAGAAGGCCACCGUCUACGAAGUGAUCUUUUAAAACUGCGUGCGGCGAACGACGGACAAUGUGUGAUGACGUCACAAAAGCCGACGCUGGCUCGUUGAUACUCUGACGUCAUAUGACCGAUAUUGUGACGUUGUGACCGGCAGUGAAGUGACGUGGGCUCUGGUGGGUGAUUGUGUGCGAGGAAGUGCCAGCACAACGGUUUUGAUGUUUGGAGCACUUGACGUACUGUUUGAGCACUGUGUUAUCGACAACUUUAUGGCUCGGAGAGUUUUCCGCGGAUGCGAAGUUGCGAUUGGUUUUUGACACUCCGUGCUGGAGGUCUCUGGAGGAGUGUUCCAGAGUGUUGAGUGUCCCGGAGUGUCCGGCUGGUCGCUGAGUGCCGUUUGUGUGUCACUUGUGCUCGGACCAUAUUGGUUCGACAUCUCUCAGUUGAUUUUUUGGUCUGACUGCGGCCGGCACACACGACCACGGAACCAGGCGAGACUCCAGGAGCGGGACGGUCUCUCGCAUCGUGCCAUGGUCUGGGUAUUACGUUUUAUCGGUUACUGGACGGGCGGUGUUUGGUGUGGUGGCGUGUCAGAGGCUGUAUGCACAGAGAACCCAGAGCCGUCGGACCGGGGUGCGACCUGUUGUCGAAGCGACCCGGUUAGGUCGAACCUGACGCCCUGUUUCCCAUUCAGUGCUAGUACAAACUAUGUCGACGUGAGCGAAUGCUGUGAGAAUGUGAGAGCGUCUGCCCGGACGGGUGACGGUGAGAAUGGGAGUGUGUUUGGGGGUGUAAGCGCCGGUGUAAAGUAUAUGUACAGAGGUCUGGGCGGCGCUAUUUGGGGGCGUAUCACAGCGCACGGGACUGCUGGAUCUCCUGACGGCAGUUGACAUAGGCAGGCGCGCUGGUUUCCGAGCGAAUGUAAAUAAACCGUGAACAUAGUCA